CGUCAGCCGUCUGCAGCAGUGGCGCUUCCUGUGCUGUUGUGCUCAAAGCGAAAGCAUAUACACACGUCUCUGAGAGAAGGAGGCGACAAGAUGCUCCCAGCACUUUUCCUACUGUCAGUACUGUCCGCGUGGGUUCACCCAACCUCCUCGCUCUACUUCCACAUAGGAGAGACGGAGAAGAAAUGCUUCAUUGAGGAGAUUCCAGACGAGACCAUGGUGAUCGGAAAAUACAGCACUCAGCUGUGGGACAAACAGACCAAUUCCUUCCUCCCAGCCACCCCCGGCCUUGGGAUGCAUGUGGAGAUCAAGGAUCCAGAUACAAAGAUAAUCCUGUCUCGUCAGUAUGGGUCAGACGGACGGUUUACCUUUACUUCCCACACUCCUGGAGAACAUCAGAUCUGUCUGCACUCCAACUCCACCAAGAUGGCUCUGUUUGCAGGUGGAAAACUGAGAGUGCAUCUGGAUAUUCAGGUCGGAGAACAUACCAACAACUACCCUGAAAUCGCUGCUAAGGACAAACUCACCGAGCUGCAACUGCGAGUGAGACAACUGCUGGACCAGGUUGAACAGAUCCAGAAGGAGCAAAACUACCAGAGGUAUCGGGAGGAGCGUUUCCGCAUGACCAGCGAGAGCACCAAUCAGCGUGUUCUGUGGUGGUCCAUCGCUCAAACACUCAUCCUCCUCAUCACUGGGAUUUGGCAGAUGAAGCAUCUCAAAGGCUUCUUUGAAGCCAAGAAACUGGUGUAACGUGUGUGUGAGUACGGGCAGCAUCAGGAAACAACAUAAAACACAAGAAGACAGACUUGACUGAGUGGACCAGAAAGACAUCCACCCACAGAGCCACAGAAACAUCCAGAGGAAGACGCGUAGUCUUACUAACAGUCAUAAAUGGUACAUGCUAAUUUAUUCCAGCAGUUAUCAGUGCGGGGCAUUGUUUUUUUUGUUUUUUUUCUGUUCCUUGCUAACAUUUUAAGCCGUGUGGUGUUCUUCUGUUAGCAGCAACACAAUAGAACCCCAUUCCUACUGCCUUUCUUUUCAUCACUGGUCCGUGUCCGAUUUUUUGGUCCCUGUUCAAUACAGUACAGCAGGAGAUGUAUAACAAUGAGAAUGUUAAAGCUGUUAUAACCAAGUAAAGCAGCUUUCAGACAUGCACCGAACACAGGGGCUGUGUCUGUGAGCGCUAAUGUCCGAUUGAGAGCCUCCAAAGUUUCUACGGAGUUCUUCCGUCUUAUCCCUGUUGAAUAAGGUCGGAGGGGCCGAUGUUAGAACACGGCAGAACAUCCUCCACAGGAUUGACCGCAAGCGAGAGGGUGUGUUGACGUCUUGAACAGGCAACAGCAAACUCUGUAGAAAGUCCGGACCCAGUCCUCUGGAGUUCAUGUCUAAAAACAUCUUAAUUUAUUGACUCCUGAUUUUAUUUGUUUGUUGUUAGUGUUGCACAUAGUUUUAUAUUUUGCUAACAUUAGCUUUUAGCUGUGCUCAUACCUGCAAUGCAAAUAUUAUACCGGCCUUGAUUCCUCAAAUGUACAUGCUCUGACACUUUGCUUUAACUCCUGUAUUUUGUAUUUAUAAGUAGAACAUAAAUACUUAAUUAAUGGUUUAUAAUUGCCUGAAAUAUAUUGGAAUACACGGACAUUUUCAGCUUUUAGUAAUGUAUUGGUGAACAGUUAAAAUCUCCUGUGAAGCAAAUGUAACUGGUGAAUAGACCGAUUAUUCAUCUUUAAUGAUAACACAGUUUAAACGUGUGUCCAUCCUUCACAGGUGAGUUUAUAAAUCAAAACUCACAAUGACAUGUGGAACCUGAAGAUUCAUUCUGAACCUUAGAGGUAGUUUGACCAAAGAACAUGAAUCAAUUGAAAUUUUUUCUCUAGGGGCUCUCAGCCCCAUCUUGUGGCCUUCAUCCGAAAAUAUGGUUUGUAGUACUAUGGAGUAAUUGUAAAUAAAUAUUCCACAUGACAUGAACACAGUAAACAGAUGUAAAUAACUCACAUUUAUAUGUCAACUUGUCAUUUAGUAUUUAUCUGUAUACCACUCACAAUUACUUCACAGAAGAGGCUUUGAUUAGAGUGCAUUGUAAACCAUUAGAUGUUGACUUCUUAUCAAUAUGAAACAGGGGUUUAAAUAAAGUGUUAGCAUCCAUCCCUCUACUGCCUGUACAGUUUCCACAGAGUCCAGGUCCCUGCUCAUUUUACCAGAGCACGGCCUGUAGUUACAGUUUGUGAUACUCACCUGUGAUUAGCAGGAUUCUAAUGAACGUUGUAAAUAACAGGUUGAGCUUAUUGAUUGUCCUGUUUGUUUUCUAUUGCCUUUCAUAUGGACUAAAUGAUGUGCAAGUCUCUACAUUUGUUUCGGAUGUGUCACCGAGUUUCUUUCCUUCAACUUAUUUAUGGAGCAGUCAUAGCCUGGGUUUUAUUGUUUUGAGACAUUUGUAUUUCUCAAUACUGAACAGCAUAUUAAUUGUUAGAUUCCUAAUGAGGGAGCAUAUGUCAAUUGGAAGGAACGGUAAUUUUUGUCCUAUAUUUUAAAUGUCGAUUUAAAACAGCCCUUGAGCAAUGUUUAAAUUUUCUUUUCUAAGUUGUUACAGUAUCACUAUUCCAGCUUUUCAAGAUGUCACGUGCAUGUUCUUAAUAAACAAACUGUCUGUGA